AUGCGAGGACUGUACCAACACCUCAAGAGAUCAGUGGGCCUCAGCGGGAGACAAGCGGGGGAACAGCAGUUCGCGGAUGAGAACGGCCUGUUGCUCCGGAACAGAGACGACAUCGUCCAGCGGUGGGUGAGAUUCUUCAGCACCCUGCUCAACACGAAAUCCCCCGCCCUGAACCCACACAUCAUCGAACGAGUGACGCAGCGGCCAGCGACACGUGACACUCAACGGUUGGGAGAUGUACCAGAACUCGAGGAGGUGGCACGGGCAACGAAAGGCCUCAAGAUCUGGAAGGCACCCGGCCAUGACUCCCUCCCUGCCGAGUUGCUCAAGAUCGUUGACGACGAACCCUUCGUCCUGGGACACCUCCAUACCAUCCUCGUCAAGGUGUGGAACGGAGGAGAUAUUCCGCGAGGGUGGAAGGAUGCAACCAUGAAGGUGCUGUACAAGAAGGGUGACGGUCCAACUGUAACAACGGAGAACCAGGAUUUACUCACGCCUUUCGUGGUUGUGUAGAGCGUGGUUCAAGGCUUAUGCGGCAUCCCCUGCCCGAAAAUUCAGCUGUACCAGUCCACAAAAGCGAGAAUGACGUCACGCUUCGGCGAGUGUUGUCCUCGACGGGGGGACCUGUCGACGCUGCGCCGAUGCCCUGGACCCGGGUGAGCCUUUUGCAGCGUUGAUCUCAAGUUGUUUGACACUGGAAAUACGGACUUGAAAAACUUUCCACAUACCAGCCGAUUACCCGCGUACAGCUUGCGCUUGUGCUGUUCUUCGAUGGGGACACGCUGAGCGAUGAAGUUCUUCCGUGCUGCCUCGUCAGGCCCCAAGUCAAGGAAGCGCUCUCAUUCUGCCGUGAGGAGAUCGAGCCGGUGGGUCGCUGUUCCCUGGGUCGGCAAACUUUGAAGCACACGAACCAAGGCAGCAUGCCACGCUCAGGACAGCCUCGAGUUAUUUCGCUUUGGCGUGCCGACGUUUCUUUUUGGCUGGCUGUGGAGAAUCUGCUGCAGGUUGAGCAGAGGGCAGUGAAGACAAUCAAUCCUGGACCAGUCUGAGGUAGACGUACGUCGAUGUUGGUAGCCUCCCGUGGGACCGGCCCGGCGCCGAACCAGAACUCGAGCGCCCCUGGGGCGAAG